UUUCAGGCAAGUUGUUUCUUUUCAGUUUUUGAAACUUCCCUAUUUGCUUGUUAAUAUCGAAGAUCAAAAUUCUCUCAGAUCCUCCUUAUUAUAUUAACUUCUGUAGAUCCAUUUUCUACUUCAAACUUCAAUUCAACCAAUUAUAAAAUAGAUUUCAAUCUCCUAGUAGCUUUGAUAAAUUUCCGAUGGAUCAUAGCGAUGAAUUUUCCCCUCCCCUGCCAUGUCCUCCUCGAAUGUUUGCUAUAGGCGAAGAAUCUAUCGACGUUAGGGUUACACCGUAUCACAGAUGCCCUCAACCCAGAUGAAGUUCAGCGAUCCUGGAGGUGGAGAUGACCCGCUCCCCUUCUCUGAUGCUCCCGUUGAUGUAGAAGCCAAUACAGACGCGGUGAAUGAACUAGAACGUGCUGGCGACAUGGUUAGCAGUCCACCUCUGAGUCAACGUGCACAUGCGGACGACGUGGGCAAUGUUAACAACAGCGCUGCACAAACGGGAUCAUGUCCGGCUGACGGUGUCCAAGGCACCCCAUCUCCUUGUGUCGACAAUAAUUCACCACCACCCGUGCUUGUCCCUGAAGCGAAUUCCAAUUUGGAUGAUGUACAGACAAAUCUAGCUUUCCCAAAGCCUACAUUUUUGCUUGGACUAACACAAGAAGAACGACAGCUCAGCAAAACAGAUUCAUAGAUUGUUGACAAUGUUGAUAAAUCCUUUGAAGAGGUAGCAGUGACUUGUCUGCAUUUCUUGCUAGAUCUUCCCACUCAACUGCAAAGGUGGUAGAUGUUCUUAUCCAUCACACUCGGUCGUUGCUAGUCAGAUAUUUAGCGAGCUAUAAUCUGCUUUAUCCGAUUACUUUGAUAUAAAUUAUCCCUGUAAAACGUUUUAGCCGGUUACAAAUACCUUAUAGAUCAUGUAUUGAAUGUUUGUUGGUUUUAUCUGUUGACAUUCAGAAAAGUUCAGUUUGGUAUCAUAAUGAUACUCUGUUCUCUGAUAGCAAAGCAUGAUCUCAUUUGUCCUUUUUAAUCUGCCAUUGUAAAUA